UGAUCAGACAACACAGAUUCAUUAAAUGAUUACCCUUCUCACGUGCCACGAUCUGUCGAUCCUAACCACAGACGUUUCGACAUUUUCCCUGGACUGAACUGGUUUCGAGAUCGAGAGUAAUCGUAGUAUCGGUCUUGAGCUAAGUACAUUGACAUUUCUCCUCCAGUCUUCCGGCCAAAAAGGGCAAAAAAGAAGAAGAAAUUCAUUCAGCGUCUGGAGCGGCCGUGUCUGGCCAGCAAGCGAAAGGAGCCAACAGGAGUCAUCUGCUGAGAAGGCACCAGGAUCACUUGAAUGCCAAAGCGGGUCCAAUUCGCGUCCCGUUUGGCAGUUUCCGUUUGCAAAAUCUGCCCCCACCCUUUUUGACAAACUCCCCAACAACCCAAAUCAAGAAAAACCCUUUCCUUUUCCUAUUCACCAAACCCUAAUGAUGGCUCCUCCGUUCGACAAUUGAAAACCACCGAACGCGCAGACGAGCGCUCGGGAAGAGAAAGGUGGGAUUUUGAGGGAAGGGCCGGACGGGAAUGGAGGAAGAGGGAAUUGGGUUGGUGCUGGCGAGGGCCACGGAGCUGAGGUUGAAGAUCAGCAACUGCGUCCACAAGGCCACCGACCCCGCCGCGCCGCCGCAGCCGCCGGGCGAGAAGCAGGAGGAUGGCGGCGAGGUCAACGAAGGGGAGGAAGGAGAAGAGGCAGAGAGGCUCUUCAGCAUAUGCGACGCGCUCGAGACCCUCGAGUCCCAGCUCUCGUCUUUGCAGGCUAUGCAACAAAACCACCGGUAUGAGAGGGAAGCUGCCCUUGCUGAGAUUGAAUACAGCCGUAAGAUGCUUCUUGAUAAGCUCAAGGAGUACAAAGGGGAAGAAUUGGCAGUGAUUCAAGAGGCCUCUGCUUUUGCUGGAGAAACGGUGGAGCAUGACUACGACCUCCUGCUUCCACCAUACCCUAGCCGCCCUCCACUUCAUCUUUCAAGCUUUUCCCCACGCAAGUCUGUCCGAAAUGGGUUGAUCUCAUCUGAUCUGACAAAUGAAUUAAAGAAGAAUGUGAAUGGGAUCGAGAAGAAUCAGGGGCAAAGCGGUUCAAGAAACCAGGGCCUUCGACUGGGUCAUUUCAUUGGUUCAGCCGCCAAGACGGUGGCUACUCUUGUCGGUAUGAUAUCAAUACUGAGCUUGGCUGGUUUUGGCACUAAGUCUGAGACAAGCAACGGCCCCUUAAAACAUCUGGGUCUGUUUUUGAGACAAGUAGUUAGAAGCAGCGAACGAGGUGUUCAGUGUCCUCCCGGAAAAGUGUUAGUUGUGGAGAACGGGCAACCUAGAUGCCUUGUUAAGGAGAGAGUUGAAGUUCCAUUUGAGUCUGUUGUUGCAACAUCUGAUGUAAACUACGGGUGUGGUUAGUUUUGGUUGUAUCGCAUCUUUUUGUACAUCUUUGUUCUAUGUGACACUUAGAAGUAAGAUCGAUAAUGGCAUGCUGGUGCACGAUUUUGUCCGAUUUCCUUAUUA